AUGUGUGGGGAUAUGCAGGAAUCUAUAUUGCACAUGCUUGUGUUCUGUAAAGAGGCAAAGCUAUUAUGGCUUUACUCCCCGCUAAGAUUGGAUGUGGAGAAGUUCAAUGGUGCAAACUUUGCAGCAUGGUGGGGUAAAAAGAAGGACAUGAUGGAUGUCAUUCACAGGGCUGUGAGCAUGGUGGGUGAGUUUGAGGAUGCCAAUGCGGAAAAGUGUAAACGCUCCAUAUCUGCUGAGACCUUGGAGUGCUGCUGGAAAGUCCCCUCUUCUGGUAUAAUCAAAGUGAACUCGGAUGCUGCCAUUUUCAAUACAAAUCAGGUGGGUUUGGGAGGUGUGAUACGAGAUGAGAUUAGGGAUGUGGUUGUGGCUACGUGUGUGCAACUUGCUGGCAGAUUCGAAGUAGAGGUCGCUGAGGCUAUGGCAAUGAGACACGCCAUGAAGAUUGCUAUGGAAUCUGGCUUCUUGAAGAUUUGUUUAGAGACUGACAACCUUAAGCUCCACCAUUGUCUAAAGAAGGGUAGAGCUGACCCGACUGAGUUUGGAUUUAUAAUUAAAGACAUUCUCCUGCUAGCUAGUUCCUGUCAUGCUGCUUCUUUUGCCUUUGUGAAAAGAAAUGGCAAUCGUGUAGCCUAUAGCUUAGCCAAGCUUAGUUGCAAAUAUGAUGGUCUUAGAGUGUGGUUGGAAAAGUAUCCUGUUGAGAUACAUGAGCAUGUAAUGGCUGAUUUAAGCCCUUCUUCUACUUAA